AUGACUGAACGUAACACUUGUGGUGUGGAUACUACUUCUUCGGCAACUAUUCAUCACUUCAGGCAGCUCUUUUGUGACCUAGGAGUGCCAGUUCGCCUUCGCACGGACGGCGGCCCACAGUUUGUCAGCCAGGAGUUCACUGCCUUUCUGGAGCGCUGGGGAGUCCACCACAACAUGUCGACGCCCCACUACCCACAAUCGAACAGUCAAGCAGAGGCUGUUGUGAAGUCUGUUAAGCACCUCAUCCAGAAGGUGGACCCUACUGGAAAUCUGGAUUGUGAGGCGUUCGACAGGGGCCUCCUCGAGCUUCACAACACCGCGAACCACACCGGUCGCUCCCUAUCCCAGAUCCUCUACGGUCACCCUCUUCGCUCUUGUGUCCCAGCUCACGCAAAGGCUUUCCAAAAGCAGUGGCAGGCCAGAGCAGAGAGCUGUGAUCGUUGGGCUACAGUUCACCUACAAGAUAAUAUGGCCUGGUACAACGCACACGCCCGGCCUCUCCCACCGCUGGAGCUCGAUGCCAUAGUCCAUGUCCAGGACCCAACGACGAAGCGCUGGGAUAAGGUCGGCACCGUCAUGGGCAUCGGCAAGUCCCGUGACUACCUUGACAAGAUGCCCAGCGGUCGUACCUGGUGGAGGAACCGCCGCUUCCUUCGCCCGUCCAUGUCCCCGCCCGAGGACCGGCCGCCCACAGAGGCCAACCCACCCGGAGCAGAAUCACCCCAGUCCGCUCUGCCCCGUCGCUCAGCACGCAUCAAGGACAGGAGAGACGCUCAAGACACUGUGUGCUAUGAGCGUGAAGGGGGGAGGGAGAUGUAG